ACAUUUCACUGAUAACCGCCUUAUCAAUUCAUGUUGUGGUGCUGGCUUUUGACAUGUUAUCACUUAUCAUCACAAACGUUGCGUUUUGAACAUCCAACUGUCUACUCAGAUGCUAAAGUCUUUAUAGUCAAUUUAGAAACAUGGAAGAUUUAUUAAAAUUGGUGCGCUCGAAUUUCACUCGAAUCGAUGUGGCCGAUAUGGAUGAUAGGACAAUUGAGGAACUGUUUUUUCAAAAUGGACCCAGUCGAGACAAAUGGAUUAAAACUCUAGUGUACGAACAACUCUUAGACAUUGAUACGGAAUCGGACGCUACGGAACACGAUUUAAAGCGAAUAUUUGUGGAGUUUGGGUUGUUAAAUAAAGAAACAGCAGAUCUGUUUUUAAAGGGUGAUAUGUCUAACGAAAAGCAACUUGCUUGUUGGAAAAGAAUCGCGCCGGCAUUUAGACCUGCUAAAUUAGAUUCAGCUCCACGGCCUGAUUAUGAAACAAUGUUUAGCCAUACUUAUCAAAAGAUAGAAUUUCUUCGAUCAAUUACGAAAAAGAUAUAUCUUCCGGCUGAGUUAAUGCUGAAAUUAAAGAAUCCUGAGUCGCAAAAUUUAAACGGCUAUACUUUUGAAGAAUCGAUGCAAAAACUUGAAAGUAUUUUAAAAAAGUCUGCUAGCGAUUGCCUAAAUGAUUCUUCUGCAUGUGAUAAUUCCUUAUUGACUGAUGAUCGCUUAAAUGUGUUGGAUGUGGACACUGUCAAAGAGGAAGUUGCCAAUUACAUAAAGAUUUGUGAACAAAAUCAAGUCACUUUACCGACCGACUUGCAGUUCAAUAAAAUAUCUCUAGACGAAUUUACCGAACAAAUAAAAAAUGAUGGUUUGACCGAGACCGAUUUUAUUGAAUCGAAACUAAACGAUGUUUGUGAACUUUUGAGGCAAGAACAAGAGUUACAAGUCAUAACUGAAUCGUUGGCUAAUCAAUAAUCAGGGACGGGUACAUUCCCAAGUAGAAAAAAAGUAUGAGUGUUUUCAAAAAAUUGUAAAUAUUUUAAAAUCAUGUUUUGGCAGGAAAUAAAAAUGUGUUUAAAAAAUGAUAAUAUUUUACGUAGGUACUAGUAAAACAUUGGAAAUAAU